UCUUUGCUUCUUCGUUACAUUAAACAUUUUCUCACUCUCUCAAACCACACAAAGAGACACACAGAGAGUAAACUAACUUAAAGCUAUGAACAAGCAAGGUUUCAAGAGACUUCAGUUUAGGAGAUGGGGAAAGCGAAUCGGAAGCUCAACGACAGCUUCAGCGACGCUACGAAACUCAAAGGAAAGAAGAACGAUUGUGGCGUUUGCGUUCUCAUGUUGUGGAAAACCACCUCGCGUUCUCCUGAAGCAGUUUGUUUGGAGGUUGAAAUCACGUUUAAGGUGGUCGCGGAAGAGUGGUAGUAAUAAUAUCCAGUGUAGCUAUGAUCUCCGGAGCUAUCAUCUGAAUUUCGAUGACUGUUGGUCUCGUCGACGGUGAUUUUAAGCAAACAAAUUGUUAUUAUUAUCUUUUGAGCCUUUUUUAUUUUCAUAUACGUAUAUACUUAAAGUCUCAAUCUUAUAUAAAAAGGCAUUUCAAGAA